UUCUCUCUUUCACCUGAGUUCAUUCAGCGUCGUUACGUCUCUGUGAACACUGCGAAAAUGGAACCUUCAAAGUCCGAAAACAUGCCGGAGAGAUCAACCUCCGAAGCUCCAGCCACCGUUUCCUCCGCCUUUCCUCCUUCCGGAUGCUGUACUAACUGCGGCGGACCAACGAUUUCCGAACCACCACCACUAGCUUCAUUCCCAGAGAUGUCACCACCACCGAACUACCGCCCGAUCCGAGCUCCAGCCAUCAAUCUCCCACACAACUCUCAGGCGAUCAUUCUCUCUCCCGUUCCUCACGCCGAACAAGUCCCUGUCGUAACUCCGCCGUAUCAAUUCGAGACUCCGGUCAAAAGAAUCCACUCCCCCGACGAUAUCCGCCGAUUUCAGGAAUCUGCUUCUUGUAAGAACUUCCUAGGGUUCGUUGUUUCGUUGUCGGAAUCAAUCCGUGGGCAAAAGAUCUCAGAUCCUUGUCAUAUCUCACCAACCGUAGCCGCCAUAGUUUCAAUCCUCGAAACCUUGUUACAAUGGAUCGACGAGAUUCCACCUGCUCAACAAUCAGCUCGAUACGGCAACGUUUCGUUCAGGUCAUGGCACGAACGGCUCGGUGAGAGAGGUGAAUCGCUUAUUCUUGAGUUUCUCCCUGAGGAAUUUAAAGGAUCUAGGAUUGAGAUUGUUCCUUACUUCUUCGAUAGCUUUGGGAACUCGAGUAGGAUCGAUUACGGAACCGGACACGAGACUAAUUUCGCGGCGUGGUUGUAUUGUUUAGCUAGGAUGGGGAUUGUGAAGGAAGAGGAUUACCAUGGUUUGGUUGCUAGGGUUUUUGUUAAGUAUUUGGAAUUGAUGAGGAAACUGCAAAUGGUUUACUGCUUAGAACCAGCUGGAUCCCAUGGAGUUUGGGGACUUGAUGAUUACCAUUUCUUGCCUUUUAUAUUUGGGAGUUCUCAGUUGAUUGAUCACAAGUAUAUGAAACCGAAGUCGAUUCAUAACGAUGACAUUUUGGAGAAUUUCUCUAGUGAAUACAUGUACUUGUCUUGUAUUGCCUUUGUGAAGAAGGUGAAGAAAGGUUUGUUCGCUGAGCAUUCGCCGUUGUUGGAUGAUAUAAGCGGUGUACCGAACUGGAAGAAAGUGAAUAGCGGUUUGCUUAAGAUGUAUAAGGUCGAAGUGCUCGAGAAAGUUCCUAUUAUGCAGCAUUUCCUCUUUGGCUGGCUCAUCAAAUGGGAAGAGUGAUUUGCUUUAGUGCCAUACAUGGAAGCAAGGACAGCGAUCUUCUCGUCCUUGAGGUGGCUUAACAUAAAGUAGAGACGCUUUUGCUUUUUACAUGUAAUCCGAUACGCAUGGUUUAUAUUUUGGUUGUCUAUCAUGCCAUCUUCUUCUUGUAUUCUCUGCUUUUUAGACGUCACAUUGUCUUUUUGAUGAUUCUUUUGUACCUCUUAUGCUUUGAAAGUAUCUAAUAGAGUUCAGAACCA